GACAGCACCUGUACGCCUCCGAUCCGAUCCGAUUAUUUAGGAUUUACACCGUUACUUUUGGGGAACCUUUAUUCUGCUCUAGACUCGCGAACAGUAGUAGGCGUUUCUUCCGGAGCCCCCUACCUUCCGCGACCAUCAUACCAAGAACGUACCCCCGCAAGACAUAGGUAGUACACCACCGUGCGCUACUUCUAGGCUCUCGCCGUCUAACGAGAGUGCAACUGCAGUCGGCGGUCGACUUGUGUACGGUUCACGGGGAACGCGGAGAACGUGUUCGUUCCGUCUCGCGAUAGUUUCGGCAAGAUCCAAGAAAGAGAGAUGAGAAUCAUAAUUCUAGUCACAUUUGUCAUGGCUAUUCUGAUGGGAGUUUCGACGCAGAAUUUUAGACAUUUCUUCGCAGGAUUUAAUCCUUAUAUCCAGUCCGCAGUAAUGAGAGAUCCGAGAUCGAAUAGAGGUCCAAUACUAUUUCCACCUGGGCCAGCACCAAACUCAGGUGACACCAGUGGUGUCAUUGUGGGCGCGAGCGGAUACGGAUUCGUGCCACCCACCGCAGGUUACUUCACUUAUUUCUACUACUAAACAUCGAACAACAUCAAAAAGAUGACAACUUAAAGAUCAAGAUUUCGAACAUUACGACUCGCAGAUUCUAGUUGAAAAAAUUGUGGUAAAUUUUUGUAGAUCAAUAUUACGCGACCAUUGAAAGAAGGAUAAGACAAGUCUAAGAUAAUAUUUGAACAAUUGCUUUUUUAUUCAUUCGAAGCGUGAGAAUAUCUAUCUUCCGUUAAUUUUGCUAGAUUGCGUAAAAUUCUCAAGAUAAAAAAAACUAUUAGUGCAAUAAUAAUAAAUAGAAUAAUGUAAUUGUGUUAAGAUAAAAAAAUUUAGAAAAAAAAAUAGUUCCUUAUCGAAACAUAAUGAAUAAAUUUGCAAAAUUUAAUCCAAAAAAUGAAAAUUUUACGAAAGAGCAUAAUAAAUGAAAUCUAUAUUUUCUUAUCUCUUCAAUCAAAGAUUAUUUAAAAUCAUCUAUUAUCAACGGCAAUAAUAUUGAAAUUGAUAUUAUGCUUUCUACUUGAUCUUGAUGCCGCAAUAAUCCCGUAUACGGCUACGAGAACGUCCAUUAUCUACAUAUAAUGAGGUCUAGGAAAGUCGUAUUUUAUGGUACAUUAUAUUACGGGUACUCGCGCCUUUGCGUGGCAGUAACGUUAAGGCGUGUACAAUUAAUAGCGACAGAAAGCAUUGUGUACGACAGUGUGCAAUCCUAGAACAAAGCGAGCGAGACUGAGUUGCGAUCCGCUCCGGUAUUACGUCAAGAUAUCCGCUUAUAAAAACGAGAUCGGUAAAUAUGAACGGGUCCGCGCUCCGUUGAAUUUAUAAAAUCGUUAAAACCGGUGGUAUGUUUUGCCAACUGGUAAGUUAUUUAUUGCGACUGCAAUGGCGAUUUAAUUAAGUAUAGAUAGCCUUUUUCGCGAGUAAAUAGCCGUAAUAUGAUCCCAUGAUCGAUCGGUGUUUAAAAUGUUAUCGCCGUGCAAUACGAUACAGUUUGACAAGUAAUACGUAACGUUAUAUGUAAAUAUGCUAUAUAUUACGAUACAGAAUAAGAGAGAAAUGGACAGAAGCCGUGAAUCUAUCUCAAUGAAGGUGUGUUACCAAUGCUUUCGUUUUCUAAAUCUAAACGCAAUUUUUUCUGAACGCGAGAUACGUUCUAUGUUACGCUUAUCGCGUUCGGCUUCUCGGUUAAUUUAAUCCGUAUUUCCUAUUUUUAAUCACUCGGUGCACGCUAGCAAAAAAAUAUGUAAAUUCAGUUUUAUUGAUCCAUAAUGGCCGAAAAUGUACAGAUUCUAGAUAUAAUUAAUUCGCAUUUACAAAUUUUUGUAGACAAAUGAACAUGGCCGAUCUUAGAAGAUUUUGAUAAGAAUUUUUCUAAGAAACAUGUAAAUAUUAUGUAAUCUGUAUGAAUGGAAUAAAAAAGUGGCUACAUA